UUAAUGCCAAUGUGACCUUCAAGACCUUAACCACAACCAUGUGUGGCAUCUUUUGCCUGCUGAGGCUGGCAGCUGCUCAGCUGGACGGGGACAAAACUGUGCAUGAACAUUUGAAAAGACGAGGUCCCAACUGCAGUCAGGAUCUCACUGUGACAGGCACAAACCCCUUUUAUCAGUGUGUGUUCUCUGCUCACGUGCUUCACUUGAGGGGACUCCUCACCCCUCAGCCCGUCCAAGACAAUGCUGGAAACGUCCUGGUGUGGAACGGGGAGGUUUUUGGAGGGUUGCCAGUGAUGCCAGAGGAGAAUGACACGGCUGUCCUCUCUCAGCGACUGUCGGCUUGCAACGACCCCUCCGAGAUUCUGUCCAUCCUGUCUAGUGUACGAGGACCGUGGGCAUUUGUUUACUACCAACGGGCUAGAGACUACCUUUGGUUUGGCAGAGACUUUUUUGGCAGGCGAAGUUUGCUUUGGAAAUUUGACCCAGAGGAGAACGGCUUGACUCUUACAUCUGUCGCAGCCCAUACUUCUGGGCCUGCUCAGAUUGUGUGGCAAGAGGUCCCAGCAGUUGGUGUGUUUAGGAUUGAUCUGAAAGCGGUUACUGAUGCUGGCUCUGUGACCUUUGAGGUGUAUCCUUGGGCUCACGCAGGAAAUGAUCUUCCCUCCACUUGCAAUGAAAUUAAGCUGGAGUCUCUCCCUAGCAGCUGCACUGCGGUGAUGAACCAGACAGGCCUGGUCCUCGCCUCACCAGUGUGCCCACUUAAUACAUCGAUCCCCAAAUUAUUAAAUGAGACAGAACUGCAUCUAAAUUCACAUCCAUCUGUUGAGGACCUGGACCAGUUGCUAGGAUGUACAGGGAGCAAGAAUGAAGUGAACAGUCUUAUCGAUGUGCUCAGCGAGGCUGUGCGGCGCCGUGUUCAGUGUCUGCCCUUUGGGGAUCAAGAUAAUUCACCACUUAUUAAUGGCCAAGCCGCAGUUGCCAUACUUUUCUCAGGAGGUAUUGAUUCAAUGAUUCUGGCUGCCUUGGCCGACCGUCACAUACCCACUCAUCAGCCAAUAGACCUUCUCAAUGUAGCAUUCAAACUGCAGGAUCCAAGCACAAAGGUAGAGUCCACAAAGAAACACAAAAAACACAAUAACAAGCCCACAGAUUCUACAAUGACCGGAGCUAAUUCCCAAAAGUCUAGCUCCUUCGAUGUUCCAGACAGAAUUACUGGGAAAGCUGGUUUGAAGGAAUUACAAGACUUAAAUCCUGAAAGAAGAUGGAAUUUUGUUGAAAUCAACGUAGCACAGGAGGAGCUGCAGAAAAUGCGGCAGGAGCGCAUUUGCCAUUUGGUGCACCCACUGGAUACAGUGCUUGAUGACAGCAUUGGAUGUGCUGUGUGGUUUGCGGCUAGAGGUGCAGGGUUCAUCGCGGAGGACAAUGACCAGACAUGCUUCACUUCAUCAGCAAAGGUCAUCUUGACAGGCAUUGGAGCAGAUGAGCAGCUUGCAGGCUACUCGAGACACAGAGUCCGAUUUAAGACGUCUGGGCAUGAGGGACUGAUCCAAGAACUAGCCAUGGAGCUGGGCAGGAUCUCCUCCAGGAAUCUGGGCCGGGACGACAGAGUGAUCGCAGACCAUGGAAAGGAAGCUAGGUUCCCCUACUUGGAUGAAGAUGUGGUGAGCUUCUUGAAUGCCUUGCCUGUGUGGGAGAAGGCAGAUUUGUCCCUGCCACGAGGCGUUGGAGAGAAACUCCUCCUGAGACUGGCAGCAAAGCAGCUGGGCCUCGGCCCCUCAGCCGUCCUGCCUAAGAGGGCCAUGCAGUUCGGUUCCCGCAUCGCCAAGCUGGAGAACAGCCGUGAAAAGGCCUCAGACAAAUGCAAAAGACUCCUCACAGGGUAGACAGGUCAUUAAUUUUUAAUUGAAAACAGGAUUUUAAUAGAAAUUAUACAUUAUAAAAUUACAAAAGCAAUAGUUUUGUUGCAUAUUUACAGUCACAAUUGAUGAUUUACAGUCACACAUUCUUUAACCUGGCUAAAAAGACACAAUUUGUGUUUGCUUUCUUUCCUGUGCUUGCCUUAAUUAUUUUGCAACGUGGCAUAAUAAAGUUGAAGUUUUCCUUAA